AACAGAUAGCCUAUUAGGCUAUGUGAGUAACAAUGAGACACCAAAACCUUUCCAAAACAGGAAGUUUAUCAGAUAGCUAUCACUGUUAUAUUUACUGUUUAUAUUUUAUUUUCAAAGUCAUGGAUUGAAAAAAAUAAAUAUUACGGAACCGAUGAGUGCUGACAAUACCUUAAAAAGCUUCGGUUGCAAUUAAUGGGCAAUAGACGGAGCCAUGGUCAAAACGGAGAGGAUCCUGUAAGGAUGGAUUCUGAGAUGCAGAUACCCAGACUCUUUGCCUUACUGCUGAUGGUGCUGGAGUGGACCUGUCCAGGCCUGUCCUCCCCAUUACGCCCCAUCUGUGACCUGCGCGUCCUCGACCAUUUCAUCAAGGAGGCCUGGGAUGCAGAGGCUGCCAUGAAAACUUGCUCUGAUUGCAGCAUUGUAACAAAUCUCACUGUUCCUCUGACGAGUGUUGAUUUUCAAGUGUGGGAAGCGAUGAAUAUCCAGGAGCAAGCUCAGGAGGUCCAGUCAGGCCUGCAGGUGCUAAACGAAGCCAUCAGCUCACUACAGGCAUAUAAUCAAACGGACGUACUACACACCUACAUAGAUUCCAGUGUUAGAAAUAUUGCCAGCAUCAGACAGGUGCUGCGAAGUCUCAGCAUACCGGAAUAUGUUCCUUCAACCAAUAAUGAAGAGGGUCAGGAGACACAAAAAGUCUCCUCGGUUUCAGAGCUGUUUCGGGUCCACAUCAACUUUCUGCGGGGAAAGGUGCGCCAUCUGCUUGCCAAUGCACCUGUCUGUCAUCAGGCUGUCAGCUGAUAAAACUUAAGGGAAAGGGCCAAAUUAGUUGGAGCUCCUUAUAUGGACAUGGACUAUUACAGAGAUUAACUUCUUUGGAUAUAUUACCAAAGUUUGGAGAAACGAUCGGAAGUUGUAGCACUUUUUGAAAGAGAUAUACUCGUAAGGGAAAAGAGACAAACCUCUGUAUAGGCUACCCCUCACACACCACAUCCCCCAGAGUGCCUUAACUGCGUGGCAUGAUUAAGGCGGUCUACUCUACGUGUGUUGAGCAUUCGCAAACCCAUGCACCUGCAUUGACUGACAAAAUCAACCAGAAACCAAACAACUGCCAAAUAUCACUCCUCUUUCCCCAUACAAAAGAUGUUGCCCAGCAAUAAGGAGAUUCAUCCCAGACUCUUAAAGUUUUUUUGUGUUGCUAAUGAAAUUGUCAUUAUUUAUAUAGAUGAUGUAUUUCUUAGAGCUGGAAUCACUGGCUUUGCAAGUUCUUCUUUGAAGAUGUUUAUGUGAAGAUGUCUUUUUCUACUUCUGCCUCAAGCACCUCCAAACAAUGAACUGUUCAUAAAGACUAUUUAUCGUUUUAAUUAUGCACUGUGGAUUUUAUAUUAAUUUCACUUUGUUAAAGUGUAUAUGUGUGUGUGUGUGUGUGUUUAAGAAUGCUGCAGGGACUGUAUAAAUGGUCAUGGGAGGAAGGUUGUAAAAUGGGGAUUUGUUACGGGUCAUUUUGGGUGAAAAGGAGGAAGGACUGGAUUGCUGCUUUUGUUGGGAAUCGGAAAAAUAUCGUGAGAGGCUGAUGAGGCUCUGCGUUAGUUAUCACUGCUCACGUCUGAAUUACGUUGAGGAGCACAGUCUUGUGCAGAUAACGCCACCGCCAGGAACAAUAUUGAUUAGUGUGUGACGAACAUCCUGCCUCACUUCCACUGGACUCACGAAGCUAUUUGCUUUCAUGGGACAUAAUUUGUUUGUCAUUUCUGUUUGUUUAACUUGUUUGUGUUUGUAUUUUUGCAAAAUACCCUGUUUUUUUACAUCUGUCAGUCACUGCCUGGAUGCAACAAAGCUGUUUUUUCCUGUUAUUUUGCUGUUGUGCGGUUCUUCCGUCACAAUGUAAUUUGCUGUUCAACUACAAAGUGUUUUCGUAGCUAAGAACUAAUUUUAAAAUCAGUGAGAAAGGAAGUUCGUCUUUCUGUCUUAUAAAGCAUCUCCUUGACUGCUCACCAUUCUGUAAAUACACGAUUCAAUGAAAUAACUACUUGUAGGAAUGGUAGAGAGAAUGUAAGGCAUACAUUAUGCCAAAGCUGUAAAUGGAUUAAAAAGCUGCAGUUUUGCCAUAUAUUGUGUCCCUCUUCUGAAUGAAUGGUUU